UCUUGCUUUCCUGACACGUGUCUCACUCUGUCCUAGGUACCUCCUACCUAACAGACGUGGUGUGGUGGGCAGGCACGAUCGCAAUGGCUGUUGGCCAGAUCGGGAACUUCCUGGCGUACACGGCGGUCCCCACGGUCCUGGUGACGCCCCUGGGUGCCCUCGGCGUGCCGUUCGGGUCCAUUCUAGCCUCGUACCUUCUGAAGGAGAAGCUCAACAUCCUGGGCAAGUUGGGGUGUCUGCUCAGCUGUGCGGGCUCCGUGGUGCUGAUCAUCCACGCCCCCAAAUCCGAGAGUGUGACCACGCAGGCCGAGCUGGAGGAGAAGCUGACCAACCCAGUGUUCGUGGGCUACCUGUGCAUCGUGCUGCUCAUGUUGCUGCUGCUCAUCUUCUGGAUCGCGCCGGCGCACGGGCCCACCAACAUCAUGGUCUACAUCAGCAUCUGCUCCUUGCUGGGCAGCUUCACCGUGCCUUCCACCAAGGGCAUCGGCCUGGCCGCCCAGGACCUGCUGCACAACAACCCGUCCAGCCAGCGCGCCCUGUGCCUCUGCCUGGUGCUGCUGGCCGUGCUGGGCUGCAGCAUCAUCGUCCAGUUCAGGUACAUCAACAAGGCGCUCGAGUGCUUCGACUCCUCCGUGUUCGGGGCCAUCUACUACGUGGUCUUCACCACGCUGGUCCUGCUGGCCUCCGCCAUCCUCUUCCGCGAGUGGAGCAACGUCGGCCUGGUGGACUUCCUGGGCAUGGCCUGCGGCUUCACCACCGUCUCCGUGGGCAUCGUCCUCAUCCAGGUGUUCAAGGAGUUCAACUUCAACCUCGGGGAGAUGAACAAAGCCAACCUGAAGGCGGACUAGGAGGCGGCGGGGGCGGGACGGGGCCCCGAGGAGCAGGCAACGGGUGUGGUUUCGGGACCUGAUUUGAGGCGGAGGACGAGAGCCGCGACAUGGCUGGCAUUGGAGCUGGUGGCGCCUCGGUGGGUGUGUGGUCCGGGGACAGCGGGGCCUCCCUUAUCCGGGCUCAGGUCGCUCCUGGGCGCCGUCUCUGAGGAGAGGGAUCCGUGUUCAUUGCCGUGACCCUGGAAGCUGUCAUGAGUCCUCGUCCCUUCCAACCUCCUGACAUUAUUUCACGUAGAGAAGAAAGACGGCUCUUUCUGGUUCGUCCUUGACCAGAGGGUCCCGGAGAGCUGGCUCCGCACGGACAUGGCCCGUAGGGUGUGUCGUUUUGCGUUGAGCCCCUCUGGCCUCACCCGCGUCAGCGGUCUGUGCGUUCACUUGUGUCUGAUCCUCUCUGAGCUGGCUCUCCCUCCCCGGACACCGAGACGCGUUCGUGGCAGAUGGAGCGAGAAGAGCGCUGGCUGGCAGUGCCGCGCUGUCGGGGCCGCUGGGUAACGUGAGUCAAUUUCAGUGCCUUUAUCACUCGAACUGUAUUCACUUA